AAUAGUCCAUUCGGGCGAUGUAGGAGAGGAGACACCAGAACUGAUUGGCUACUGUCAUGACUGUGAAGACGACUGACACGUGCCACAUUCAAGAGGAAAUGAUUCUUCUGGCCGGCCGACUUCCCUAGCGUACUGUCGACUCUAUUUCUCCACUUUCUACAAUUAGACCACCUAUCCACGGAGCCUGGUAGAGGCUAUGUAAACUCCCAAAGGAGCCUGGAGGAGACUACCUAUCCCAUCAUGCACAGCAGAUAACAUUUUGAAAUUCCAUCAUGGCGGUAGACUUGCGAACUUCUCGUAUGAAAUUCGCCAACGCGUCGCCUUCUGCUGACUCCGGAAUGAAGUUCAGCACAUGGACUCCCAUGAACGAUGCGUCGGCGAACCUAAAGGUAUUUGAGGAGAGGAGAGAACUAGUCAACAAAUGGUUUGAAAAGUGGACAGAUGCCCAGAGAAAGAAAGUCCUGGAGGAUCUGGUGAACAGAUGCAAGACCAAACAGCUGCUGUACACACAGUCCUGUAUUAACAAACAUGCACCUGUGGAACACACAGACUUCACCAAGAUAUUACCCAGGGUUGUCUGUCUCUACAUCUUCUCUCACCUGGAUCCCAGGAGCUUGUGUCGCUCUACUCAGGUGUGUUGGUACUGGAAGUACCUGAGUGAGCUGGACCAACUGUGGAUGCCCAAGUGCUUACGGCUGGGCUGGUACAUUAACUUCACCCCCAGCCCUUUUGAACAGGGCAUCUGGAAACGGCAUUACCUGGAGAGAGUUCAGCAGCUGCACUUCUUCAGACCAGGGGACCCAGCUAAGGAGGAACGACCCACCUCUGUCAUGAAUGGGGAGGCAAACCUGAAAACUAAACCUCCAAAACCAACGCCCAAAAAGUGGGAACCCCCUCCAUGGAAGGUGUCUGACAAGAGUCCUGGGGACACCAAGAGGUUCAACUAUCUGGACAAUAAAGAUUACGUGGCCAGCGUGAAAGAAUCGAGAACACGAGGCUCAGUACCAGACCUGACACAACUCUUCUCCAAGUCUGUUGUCAAGAAACCAUCGAGAAAAACAGCCAAACUAGCCAAGGCCAAGUCCACAUCCAAGUUGGACUCUCCCAAGUUUGGUGAGCGUCCUGACUGGGCCCAGCACCAGACAGGCGCUCCGUUUGUCAACUUGUCCAACACGGCCAACGUCAGCGACUCUGUGGAUGCCGGGAAGAGACCGGGACCGGCACGGAACAUCGCGCGGCUGGGGCGGGAUGCCGAGAGGGCAAACUCCAGAUCAGAACGGGAUCCUCCAACUGCUCCUCUCUUCAAAACCAACCCCUGGACAGUUCCUGUAGCUGCUGAGUCAGAUGAUGAUGAGUGGUAACAACUCCAGCACCUUCCAAUGGAGAUGUGUAGAAAGGAAAAUACCUAGUGUAGCAUGGGAGGGGGGGGGCAAGUUCAAGAUAUUUUUGUGUUGUUAAAACACCUGAGCAACAUUAGAAAAUCUUUCACUUCAGUAUAACAACAAUAAUAUUGUACGUCCCAGUCUGCUGGUAGGAUGGCCCAACAGGCAGGUUCCUAGGGUGAUAUGGAGUACACCAUGUUGUAUUUUAUACAUGUAAAGUUAUGUAUACAGUAUAACAGUGCAUAACUUGGACAAGCAUGCCCAGAUCAUAGGCAGUUUAGUUUAGAAUACUUUGCAAAUACAGGUUGCCUAAUGUAUAAAGAGAAAAAAGCUUGUUUAAAAUUUACUCAGGUUUAUUUAUUGUACAGUAGUUCUUAUUGCAGUUACCGUACAUAUAUGCUCUUUUAUCUGCCUAUUUUGAUGAAUUUACAAGAAUAUAUUUCAGUUGAUAUCAACUUGGGAUAUUAAUAAAAACUUUCUUGUAUUAAUGUUGUAUAGUAUAUAUGUAAUAUGUAAUCAUAUGUAAAAAAUUUUGGGGUAUCAUGUCCUAGGAGGGAAGCUUUUUUAAAAUGUCUUUAUGUCUUGCAUUUAUGACUUGCACAUGAACAUGCACAGACUGAUACAGAAUCAAGACAAGGUUAGGGUAUUGGUAGAAAUUUGAUGUGGAUGCUUUUGUUUGUAAGAGCUUUCUUGUACAUAUUUUGUAUGUGCAAGCUAUUUGUUACUGUUAGACUUUAUUUUAGAUCAAUCUUUCUUUCCUCUCAAAGAUUGGAGGGGAUAUUCUUACCUUCUUUUGAUUGCCGUUUCUAAUGACUAAACUUUCUCCCUCCAACCUCUGCUUGGACCACCUGAUUUACAUGAUUGUACACCACGAUCAAUUUUUGCCAGGAUAUUAGUUUUACUGACUAAGGCUCCAUAAAGUCACCCCUGAGAGUGCAGAUUGUAGAUUGUGGAAAGGAUGAUAAAAAAGUAAAUGUAUUUAUCAAAGGGCCGUCCUUCUG